AAUUUGAAAGAAGGAACAAUCUGGGAACCAAAACAAAGGAAAGUUCAGUAUCCAACGAAGCCAAGACCAAGAGUCCAAGAGAACACAAAGUCGACAACCAUAGGCCAUAAAAGCUCACAGGCCUAGAAUUUCUUGCCCUUUUGUGUAAUUUCACGCUGUUGAGUCUAUUGGAUUUCACAGAUGACACGGUAACAUUUUUGUUACAUGUGGAGGACUGAAGAGAGAAGAGGCCUGUGAGCAGACAAGAGGAAAUCGUCAAAGAAAGGAACGAGGUCAAGAGAGUGUUUUAGUUCGUAGCAAAUUAGAAAUUUCGUCUCUGUGAAUAAGAGUGGUUGUGGGGCAGACGAGAGGAGGAGGAGACAGAAGUCGACAUACCCGCUGAACUGUCAGACUAAGGCUGUGAUUGCUAUGGGUAUCCGAGAGGAGUUUCGCCUCAAGAAAUUGUGGUGUAAUGAACUGCGGACGGAGAGAUUCUGUGUGUUUCAGUGGCGUUCACCUGGUAUCUUUUUCCUGGUUUACCGCAUUGCUGUGGCAGCCUACACCCUUACUUGGCUCAUCAAAACUGCUAUAGAGUCAAAGCUUCCUGAUGAUGUGUCAGUGACAUGGGGCUCUUUCUUGACCAACUGGACAUACACUCUGUUGACCAUCUACUUCUUGCUGCACGCACUGAUCGCCCUAGUUGUGUACCUCCUGUGUCGGGGCUCGGGCCUCCAGCUGAUGCGUAGAUUGGCGCCGGAGCAACACAGGUACCUCUUCCACGAACUGGGGAACGCCUACGAAGGAUUCCCGCAGGAUCCCGAGGAACGCACGCCGCUGACGUCGAGUGACGACGUGCACUUUGAACUCGGUAACCGCGUCCCGUGGUACUUUGCCCUCCUGUGGGUCAUCUUCAACGCAGUCAGCGUUUCGGCCAUCAUGGUGACCAUCGUGUUCUGGUGUAUUUUGUUCCCGGGCUCGGGCCUUCACUUCGACAUGGAGAACGUGCAGCUCCACCUGGUGAACAGCGUUCUUGUCCUGCUCGAACACGCGGUGACGGCGCUGCCCGUGCGGAUUCUCCACGUCAUUUACCCCAUCAUCUACGGCCUCAUCUACAUGGCCUUCUCCCUGUUCUACUGGGUCGACGACCACUCCCAUGUCAUGUACCCGAUCCUCGACUGGGGGAAGCCGGGACCCACUGUCGGGUACGUCUUGCUGGUCGGAUUUGUCAUCAUGCCGAUCAUCCAACUACUUAUAUACGGGUUCUACCGACUUAGGCUUGCCAUCUAUAGAAGGGUGUCCCAGAACUGAAGAUUUUUUUUAUCCUUGCCUACCGCAUUUUUGUCAGCACCAAGCGGGUGGCUGGUGGGUGUUUUUUAUGUGGGUUUGCUCCUUCUCCUUCUUUUCUUGUAUUCUUUUUCGUUUUUGUCAGAAUGCAGCAGUUAUUUUGCCGACUCAUUAGAAACAACUGAUGGGACAUCAAUGCUAGCAUGACUUUUCAAAAUGUUUUAUCUUUUAUCUCCUCUCGAACUCGUUUCUCAAGAGUGGACUACUAGUACUUGAGUUUGGUUAUCUCGAAAAAUCAAAUAGGUUCAUUGAAAAAUAGCAUUGAAUGUAAGUCAAACCUUUUGGUACAAGUUAACUAUCACUUUGAACAUGUGAAAAUCUCUUCAACCUUGAUUUGAUAAAAAUGAAAGAUAUAUCCAAGCUUUUUUUUUCCAAAUCACAGAGCAGCACCCCCAUUCAUUGAUAUUUAUGGCUUAUUUAAAAUUCAUGCAAUAUCAUUAUUUAACCAUUUCUCGUCUAAUGUGCACCGGUAUCCCAUUCUUUUUGUCUUUGAAGUAGUGCCGUAUGCAGAACACAUUGCUCAAAAGGGUUAAUGUUAUGAUUUAAAGGAAUAUUUCUGCAUGAUUUCUGUUCUCUUUGCUACUAUGUUGAUGCAUCAGCAAGUUCAGCUCCUUGCUUGCUGAGUGAAAAAAAAUGAGAAAAAGCAUUCCUAUUUUUUACUCCCAAUUUUAAGUUGUCUAUACAUUCCUCACAGUUUUGUGGGUUUUUUUAGUCAAGGAGAAAGAGAGCGAUGA